AUGGCAAGACGACAGAAACAUGUGGCUGUACUCCCAACACCGCCUAAUGAGGAGAACUACAUCUAUCCUUCAGUGGAGCAGCCGCUGCGAGUUGAAACAUCAUCAAAGCAGGUUGAACGAGAAAGUUGUACACCAGAUCCGUCACCUAGGAAUUGGAAGCAAGAUAUCGAGGCCGCUAUUGAUGCGGAGACUGAUCAGAUGAUCGAAUUUCUAGACGACUUUUCAGCUGCUGCCAGGUCUUCGACUCAAAAUUUGACUGGAAGAGAGUGCUGGGAUGGCUACGCGACUACAGCACCAGUAGCCGCUGUAAUAUCUUCGUUCCUCUCAUUGAGGCGGACUAAGAACGUCGCGCUAGGUUCACCAACGUUUCCUUCUGUGGUCAGUGUCUUUGAUGAAGGUGAAGGUCCUUGCCUUGUGCUGAAUGGGCUUUUGUGUCCACGUUUGACAUCACCAUCCCAUCCAUAUUCCUUCAAUAAGACCACAGGUCCAUUAUUAGACUCGCUGCCGAUAUCAGCGCACGCAGCAGGUACUGCGGCCAUCGUGGCUGCUUACGCUUACCUGCAUUCCAUCCGGCACCACCUCUUCGGCACCAUCGUGCUGGCAGCCAUAUCUGACACCGAGGAAGGACAUCUGGGUACAUGCCGACACCUACUUCGCACUGAUGAGAGGAGAUCACUCUGGAGAGGCGACUGCAUGAUCACCGCCGUCGCCACAUCCAAUGCUCUCAAUCCAACGCCCUCUUCGCCAGAUUCCUUCUCCUCUAGACCCGCCACAAAAACCAUCGAUCCAGCAACUUUUGAUCUAGCAUCUUCAUGCUGGCAGAGAAACUCGCUGAUCAAGGAUUUCAUACCUUCGCGCCUAUCGACACCCUGCGCAACUCACCCUGUUGCUACCUCGUUGUCGAACAAUGGAAAGCGGGUGUUGGGUAGACGACCUAGUAUACCCGAUUUCCAAACUGGACGGCAGCUAGGCUCACACACUCGCUUCUGGACCGAAGUCGGUGUUUCAAGUUUCUGUCUUGGUGUCGGUGGUAUGGAGAGCAAUGAAGAAACAGCAUCACCACCACAUCAAAACCCGAAACACACGACAGAUUUGGAUACCAUGUGCGAGGAAAUGGUUGAUUCCGGAAUCCACGAUACCGUGAUGGGCGAUCGAGGAGGCACAGAGACCAACAAAAACGAAAACGGAAAUGUCGAAGAGGUGGACAAGAAACAGUGGAUUCAACUUGUCAAAGUGUUGGUGUUGACGGCGUGGGAUCAGGUGGGGUUGGAAUCGUGA